GGCUUGCCUGGGCUAUUUAAGGAAUGCAACGUCGCAAGUUUGCCUGCCAAUUGACCGUCGCGCAAGCUUCUCUCUUCACAAACUUCGAAGAAAUGCGCUCAGCGAUCGAACUCGAUGCAGGUUGGACCCCAAUGCUGGACCUGCUUUCGAGGUCGCGUCCUGUGUGACGGCGGCUUCCCAGCCUGUUCAACUUGCAAGCGACACGGCGUGCAAUGCCCUGGUUAUGAUGGAGCAGGAGACGCAAACGUUGUGCGGGGUGAUGGUGGUGAUGCAACACUGAAAGUGAGCACGCCAGAAUCAAGUGCAAGUUAUGAAGAGCUAGGCAUGGAACUGGCUCAUUUCACAUCAGACCACGCCCUCAAGCCAACUACGACACGCUCACCCGUCUUCCAUCAGCCAACGCCAGCCCUGUACCGCAAAGCCCAAAUGAUAUUUGAAGGGUUGGAUUAUUUCAACCAGAUGAUUUGUCCGGAUCUCGUUUCCCUCGAGAGCCACUUCAAUCCAUACAAGGUCAAUUUACAGGGCGUCGAUAAGAUACCGGACAUAUACGUCAAAGUUCUCGUCUCUGUUGCAAGUUUCCACCGACUCAUGUCGGUAGGACCUGACCCUACGCCUUCAUCGGCACUGAUACAGAAAGACACAGAUGUCUUUCAGUUGCGUGUAGAAGCUUUGCAGGGCCUGAAUGAGCAGCUCAGCUCACCCGAUCAGCAGACUAGUGAUGCCACACUUUUGUGUGUUUUGUCACUCAUGGUUGCAUCUAUUCAGGCAUCUGCUUAUACCGAAUGGAGGGUGCACCUUGAAGGCGCCAGAAGAAUAAUACAACUCAGAGGCGGUCUGAAGAAGAUCAUCACUGUAAAUCCAUACUUUAAGCCUGUGUUGACCUUCUUCAUGCUAAUUGACGUCAUGGGUGCUACAACCACACCGUCAAGCCAUGCAGACAUGCCACUAGCCUGCAAUAUGGCCAUGAAGUACUGGGAAGUCGAACCUUCAGUAUUCCAACUGAUUGCAACAACCUGCAUUCCAUGUCCCGACGUCUUAUUCCGGGUACUUAUACUGGUCAACUACCUGCGUACCGUCACUUUCAAAGAGAACCUACGGGUCAGACGACAGUCUGGCACUAAGAUGGCGAUCGAGAAAGUCAUGUCGUUCUCCCCUGCAGAGUACUCUGCAAGAAUGCAGCAAUUCAAAGGCUGGUCUUUGUCGGGCAAGGAAGUCGGCUUUGAUACCAGCCACGAAAGUCCCCAAACUGUUUCAAGUUCCUCUCCGUCUUUGGACAAACAGUCAAGUGCGGAUUCAUCCCCUGCUACUCACUCGUCACCAAGGAGUGAUGGAGACUUAUGGCUUAGUGUUGGGGUGACGUAUCGUGCGUCAACCUUACUUUACACGUUCCACACGCUAGUCUUUGACUGCGAAGAUGAUGCAUCGAUGCUUCUUCCUGAUAACAUUCAAAUCAAUGUCGUUGAUUUGCGUCAGGAGACAUUUGAAAUUCUUUACAGUGCAAUGGUCCCCGUCUUCGCUGAUCCGGUAAGCCUGCACCAAAUUGGUAAACUCAUCAUGUGGCCUCUGUUCAUCUUGGGUAUGGAAACCGAUUAUAGAAACGUGCACGUGCGGAGUUUCGUUACGAGUAGCUUCUUGACGCUCAGUCACGUCCUCGGUAUAAUGAGCCCUAUCGGUAUCAUAAACGAACUGGAAACAAAAUGGAGAAUAGACGACGAACAAGGCCCGGGGGCUCAUGUCAAAUGGGAUGAUUACCUGCAGGGUAGAGAGGACUUCAUUGUCUUCUGAUCAGACCACGUGCGGCGUAACGUUUUCCAUACAUAAUACGCAUUGAUCUUGCGUAUUAGUCUACUUGGUGGCAAGCACCUGGGCAUGAACAGAAUAUUUAAGCUUAUUUUAUGCUUAUUGGGUGGGGUCAACGUAGUCUGACGUGGACUGUAAGGUUUAAUUCCUUUGAAUCUUACUGCGCCUCAUCUAUGCAUGCUUCUUACCGGCUAUAUGCCCAUAUAGUGAUAGAUCCCGGUGCUGCAAUC